UGCAUAAUUCUCAUUCACAACAGCACAUCGCCAAUAAUUCGCAUUUAAAACUGUAUUUACGGUGUGUGUUGCUGUUAUUCUGAAGUGUGGUAGUAGUGAAGGCUGUAACACACUCUCAAGGGUUUGUCAUUCAUCCACCGACACUCACUCGUAUCUGUUCGGACUAAACGUGGCCUCAUGAUUCCCGCCGGAGCCUGUUACCCUUUUCUCUCAUUUUUCUCCCACAGAUUUGCCAGAGUGGAUUGUUGAUAGUUUACUAUCUGGAAGGUACGUGGCGACGGUGGUCGCAGGAUGGACGCGGAGCUGGGUGCUGACAGCGCCCGCAGAAAGAUGGAGGCGGCGGGCGAGGCGCUGGAGAUCGUGCCGCUGGAAAUGUAUGAUUCAGCCCGAGCCAAAAUAGCGGCUAAUCUGCGAUGGCUGUUUGCCAAAGCCUUCGGUAUUGAUCACAUCCCAGAGGACCUGCGAGACCCGUUCUACACAGACCAGUAUGACCAGGAGCACAUUAAGCCCCCGGUGAUCCGGUUACUGCUGUCCUGUGAGCUGUACUGUCGCGUGUGCGGCCUCAUUCUCAAAGGAGACCAGGUGGCCUCUCUGCAGUCCCACCAGUCAGUCAUCCAGGCCUUGUCUCGCAAAGGCAUCUAUGUCAUGGAGGGUGAUGACACGCCUGUCAGCGACUCAGAUCUGACCUGCCAGCCAAUUAAAAUGAGUUCCCACAUCCCCAUGAUUGAUGCUUUGAUGAUGGCCUACACCGUGGAGAUGAUCAGCAUUGAGAAGGUUGUGGCCUGCGUAAAGCGUUUCUCCACAUUCAGUGCCUCCAAGGAGCUCCCCUUUGACCUUGAGGAUGCUAUGGUCUUCUGGAUCAACAAGGUGAAACUGAAAAUGAGGGAGAUCACAGAGAAGGAACACAAAUCAAAGCAGCAUCUGCUGGAAUCUCCAAGUCAUCAGAAGGUACGGUAUCGGCGGGAUCAUGCCUCAGGUAGACAGCUGCCCUACUUCCCCCUGCUGGAGGACCUGAUCAGGGAUGUGUGUGACGGUGCUGCACUGCUGACCGUGGUCCAUUUCUACUGCCCAGACCUGAUGAAGCUUGAUGAUAUCUGCUUGAAAGAGGUGACCUCAAUAGCAGACAGCCUUUAUAAUAUCCAGCUGCUGAAAGAGUUUGCCAAUGAGUACCUUAACAAAAGCUUUUAUUUGACACUAGAGGACAUGUUGUACGCACCUCCUGUUCUCAAGCACAAUGUCAUGGUAUUUAUAGCAGAGCUCUUCUGGUGGUUUGAGAUUGUCAAGCCUGAAUUUGUCCAGCCGAGAGAUGUUCAGGAAUUUAAAGAUGCAAGAGCAAUGACUCAGCCCAAGAGUGCCAGGCCUACUGUGCCCAUCUCCAACGCCACAAAACGGAGCUUCCUGGUGUCUCCUGGUGGGGCUGAUCCAGCACUUCCUGUUCAGAACAGCCCGGAUGUUUGUAACAGGUACUUCCUGCACCCUGAAGAAUCUGAGCCUCUUAAUAAGGGGAGUUCCAGCUUCAGCCCCUCCCACCCACUACUUCCACUGAGACAAAGACAGAAGAAGGCUCAGCCAGGAGAGGAAAGCACGGCCUGUCGAAAUCGUUCCAAUUCUUUUACGCAAGAAGGUCACUCCAGAGGAUCAGUGGCUUGGUCAGAUAAACGGCAGAGGCCACUGUCUCAGCUGAAUCGGUAUGUUCUCCACUCUGCUACGGACUGUGAUGCAGAUUUGGCCUCAGGCGACUGCGUUAGUCUGACUUGCUCCAUCAGUGAGGACAGCCUGGCCUCCACUGUAACACCCAAGCACCAGAGCCAUCCGGGACAGGGCAAAAUUAGGUGGGUCAAUGGCCACGGUCUGCUGGGCAAUGUUAACAUGGAUGAGGAGGAUGAGCUUGUAACUAUUGUCAGGCCAGAUUCAUCCAAGAAUGAGACCACCCUGUUAAACUCUGAGGAUGCAGAGCGACAGAGUGCUACCCCUGGUGCUAAAACAGGCAUUUGGGGAAGACAGGAGGAAGCAUCCUCAGAUUCUCGAACAGCCAGUUGCUUCCUGGAACCUCUGAUGCCUGCAGUUCUCAGGCCAGCCAAAGAGAAGUCAAUAUACCUAAAUAAGGAAGAAGAGUCGGGAGAGGGAAGGCUGCGAGAAUCAGCACGGAGAGUAGCAGGAGCAGAAGGUGCUGUUUCAUCUUCCAGACGGAGACCUCCAUCCACUCUUAACCGGACCUUUACCCCCAACACUAGCUCUGAGUUUGAGACAACUAUUGAGCCUAAAUCCAGUGAAUUUGUGCCUCCAGCCCCUGGGCAGAUGCAAGCUUUCAGACCAUUGGCAACAAGUAGUGUUGAGCCAUCUUCUGCUGAGCGGUCACCUGGGUUUUACCUUCAUUCAUCGGUGCCUGAGGACCAGAGGCCUGUCCAAGCAUGGGACAUCCAUCCAGGGUCUGAUGUAGCGACUGUGGAGACCAUUGAGGAACAGGAUGCAGAACUCACCAAAGAGCUCCAUCCAGACAAGAAACAGUUCUAUGAGGAGGACGAAGAGUCAGCAAAGUUGCAGGAAGACAUGAAUGUAAAGGAACAUAAGGAUAAGGAUGGUGGGAGCAGGUGCUCAAGCCCUGGCCAGUCCGAGGUCAGCAGUGUAGCUAGCAGCAGCGUGCGCAUGACCAGUUUUGCUGAACGAAAGAUGCAGAAGUUUGGUAGCAAUCAAGAUAUCCGCUCCAGCACAAGCAGCUCACAGCGGACCACACCAGAUGGCUCGGAGAGUUGCCCCCUUCCUCUAACCUCCUGGAGGAUGAAAAGAGACCAGAGUCCCACACCACAGAACAAGGACAGUGCCAACAUGCUGGCCUCCGAACUUGUUCAACUCCACAUGCAACUUGAAGAAAAGCGACGUGCAAUUGAAUCCCAAAAGAAGAAGAUGGAGGUCUUGACAGCAAGACAAAGGCUUAAGCUUGGGAAAGCAGCCUUCCUGCACAUAGUAAAGAAAGGGAAGAGUGAUACUCUCCCUCAGCCUACAAAGUCCGAGUACUACUUGAAAGAUGGCCAAAAACUCAAUCAAGAAAAAGAGAAAUCGUCGAAAGACGACACCUGUGUUGGUGCUCUGAGAGAUGGGCCGAAAGAGGCCAAAGAGCCGGAGAAGGCAUCUCUCGAGUGGGCAGGUGGGGGGACUGUGUCCCCUAGUGCCUUAGAUAUGGACGAGGAGAUGGAUCUUAAUGAAUGCAACCACUCCAUUGAAUUGUUGAACGAGGCUAUUGGAAACAUUCAGCAGCAGAUGAUGCAACUUUCGCUCCAGCAGGAAAUGCUCAUGAAGCAAAAUCUUCAGUCUCCAACAGGUGCUGCUCCACCACCUAGCAGUGACCAAAGUAAUGCAUCUGAACCCAGGGUCAGAGCUUCGAUACAUUUUGUUGAACCAAGUGGCAGCCCUGUGGUACGAAAAUCACCCAAACUAAGUUCAGCACGGUCUCGUUCCAAACCUUCAGAGCUGUUGUUAGUUAAGGAGCACGGCAAAGGGCAUAAGAGCUCCACUCCUACACCUACUGACAGCCCCUCUGCCAAGUCCAUUCAAGGGGGCAGGACCCCCAAACCAGAGCUGGAGUACUUUGUGCAGAACUCCACAAGAUCAGACUCAUUCAACAAAGACAAGGGGAACUCGAAAAGCACUACAUUCCACCUUAAUGAUGAAGCUAACUUGAGGAUGGUCUCAAGGGAACCAAGUUCUGUGGCCCUUGGUGUCACUUUCGAAGAAUCUAUGUCCACUACCUUACAGGAUGCUGAGGCUACAUUUGAUGAUGAGCCAGCAAUGGAUAAUGUUUCCUCAGAGGAUAUUUCUAGAGGAAAAGUCAAUCUUAUUGAGGUAGAUUUGUCUGAUUUGGCUGCCAAUCCAGAUGAAGAAAACGCCAAUGUAUUGGAUGUGACCACUGAUGGGAGCGAUGGGGAAAAGAAGUCUGGCAUGGGCUUCUUUUUCAAGGACGAGCAAAAAGCAGAGGAUGAAUUGGCCAAAAAGCGAGCAGCGUUUCUGCUAAAACAACAGAGGAAGGCAGAGGAGGCUCGGCUCCGCAAGCAACAGCUGGAGGCUGAAAGUGAGAUGAAAAGAGAUGAAGCCAGGAGGAAAGCUGAAGAUGAAAGAAUCAGAAAAGAGGAGGAGAAGGCCAGGAGAGAGUUGAUAAAGCAGGAAUACCUUAGAAGAAAACAGCAGGAGAUGUGUGAGGAGCAAGAGCAGCCCCAGCCCAAACCCAAACCCAAGUCCAAGCCCAAAAAACAAAGGCCGAAGUCUGUGCUGAAGGAAGAAAACUCAGUUGAUACACUUCCCAGAUGUCCUGCUACCAAUGAGAAUCUCAUCAGUGCCCAGUCUGGCUCUAGUCUAUCACUGGCCUCUGUGGCCACCACUGAACCAGACAGUGUCAACUCAGGAGGGGCGGGAUCUCAUCGAGGAGAAUCGGUAGAGUCAUUUCCAGGCCUCAGUCGCAAUUCCAGUCGGACUACAGAGAGAGACUGGGACAACGGUUCCACCGCGUCUUCCAUUACAUCAGCAUCCAUGGCGGAAUACACUGGACCCAAGCUUUUCAAAGAACCAAGUGCGAAGUCCAACAAGCCUAUAAUCCACAACGCCAUCGCUCAUUGCUGCUUAGCGGGAAAAGUAAACGAACCGCAGAAGAACUCCAUUCUUGAGGAGCUGGAGAAGUGCGAAUCCAACCACUUGAUGAUUCUCUUCCGGGACAGUGGCUGUCAGUUCAGAGCCCUUUACUCCUACUUCCCCGACACAGAGGAGAUCCACAAGCUCACCGGCACAGGGCCCAAGAGCAUCACUAAGAAGAUGAUUGACAAACUCUACAAGUACAGCUCGGACCGCAAGCAGUUCACUGUAAUCCCUGCCAAGACUGUGUCUGUUAGUGUAGAUGCGCUAACUAUCCAUAACCACCUGUGGCAAGCCAAAAGACUCGCAGUGCCAAAAAAGAGCGCAAAGUGAAGUCCGAUGGCUCUCGUAAGAUCUGCACUUUCGCAACGAGGCCCGUAAUCACUUAUCUGCUUCCGUCAGAGUUUGGAUGGAAGAGGAUCGCUGGACAAGCAAACAGGCAUGAAUCAACAUGCACUUCAUUUGAAUGUGUUUUGGGUUGAAGUAGUCCUUUACCCACAAUCCUGUGGUCUUUUUACAUGAUACAUUUUUUGUUACUUGAAGUAUUUAUUAGUUUGGCACUGAUUAGCUCGUUUAAACAAAGCACUUCCCCCAUGAUUGUUUUUGUUUGAUUCGUUUUCCCCUUUUUUAGGAGGGAUACACGUUUUCCUCUUAACGUCUUCAAAACAUGUUUGCUGACUCUAAGGACUGCCAGAACUCAAGUUCAUGUAAAAAAAUAGCUGACUUGGCUCUCAACAAAGCUUUUUUUGCCUCCAAAACAUGCUGCUCCUUUGUUGUCACUGGGAAAAUCCCAGGUCCGCAUACUUUUGGCCUUCAUGCAUUGUGGUACUAUGUCUGUUUAUUCAACGCUUUAAAAAAUCAGCUCGGCUGUAGCCCGUUUUUUGGAAACUCGGUGGUCCUUUCAAUAGGGAAUGGAACAGACCUUGAUACGUGUCAAAUGCAGUUCUCUUCUCUUCUGUUCUACUCUGUAGCGGCCUCUCCUCUGGACAGUCUGUACUAUGGUGCACUUAUGAUCAUGUUUUAGUAAUAUUAUCAUGUAAUGUAACCAUGUUGAUGUUAGCACUGGAGCUUUUUCUCAUGCAGCAUGCUCUGUUAUGAAGAGUGUCGCUGUAAACGAUUUGAAUGACAGUAUUUAAUAUAUUCAUAAUCGGUUACUUC